AUCAAAAGGGGAGAGUCUUUCCCUCAAUCAAACCAGGCACCUUAAAGAAGCAGUGAUCUACUAAAUUGACAUUCAUGGGCAGCAGCAACCGUCAUCGCUUGACGAUCGACGAAUGAUCAUCACGCUGAUUUCAAGUGCAAGGACAUUUUGCUACUUACAUGUGGCAAGAAGCCCUACUGCAAUUUCUCUUGGCAUAUCCCCCUUUGAGCCGUCAGUGCUGUCAUUUCGAGAGCGGAAAAGAAGGAAGCACCCCACGAAGCUUGGUCUUUGUUUCUCUUUUGUCGGAUGUGAACCGUCUCGACUUCCGGUCGGGGAAAGCAACCGCUCGCUUCUUUUUUAGGGUCCUUGCUCACCACACCACGCGGCUCUGCGGAACAUGCCGAGUUUCUUCAUGUUCAUUCCCAGAGUCCAUUGAUAAUAUACCUCGGCCUUGCGCGCACUAUCAAGCUCACACGGCACAGAUCUCUUCGGAUGCGAUCCUGGAUAGGCUCAGAUCUUCUUGCUGCAUGUAUUCUCUCUCAGCAUGAUUGCAUCUGGUGCCUCAGUCGGUUAUUUUCCACAGAGCGCGCGACGUGUUUUCGAGUCUCCACGCCCUUGACUUUUUUUGUUACUUUUCUCACUCAAACUUUUGAUUUGACAAACGAC